CUCCAUAAAGAUAAACCUACCUUUAGGCUCUCUCUUUUGUAAAUAGCCACAUUCACUUGACCUCCCUUCCUUUGAAUAGAAAUGGCCUGCACGCCAAUUUCUAAUAAUUAACCAUUUUUCGAACUUUGAAUAUUCAUUUCUUAUCAUCUUUAGGAAUAUAAAAUCUACCAACUGGUGUACUAGAACGCGUCAAUAAAUUGAUUUUCUCAUUGAUCAAGAUUAUAUCAUUGUCAACAUAUACAAAAUAUUUACUAUAAUGAAGACGACCUUAUAAAAAAGAAAGUCUUAUGACAUUGUAUGGCUGAAACCACCCACCUUCUGCCUUCCUACAUUAUUUCGUUGAAAGGCGGCUAAAUUUCAGGCAUUUUGGAAGCUCUACUUUUAUCCUACAUACAAUUUUUGUUGAGAUAUUUGGAGCAUAUUGUGAUCAGCAACUUGCUAAUUAUACAAAUUAACCUAGAAAAAAUGUAUAUGAGCUUAGUUGUGUUAAUCUUGCAGUAGAUUCCACAUUCUUCAUCAGCAUCUCUUCAUGGCUAAGUUUUCUGAUACGCAUGCUAAACAUCAAAAGGAGAUGGAUAGCUCGAGUAACAAGUCAGGCGGAGCAAGUCCUCGUAACAACUUUCUGUUGUUCAUGGAGUUAAGGAAGAAAAUCAUGAUUUUUAGGGACAUCUUUGAUGUUCCCCCUAUACAAGGUUCUGUUCCAAUACAUGAGCUACUGCUAUCGACAGGAGACGACCUUCAUCGAAUGUACCCUGAAUUUGUAGAUUGUGUUCCAACAGCAAAACUGAAGGAGAGGAACACACAUGAGGGAUUGAAAUGCUUUUAUGAAGUCCUAAAAUGUGUUGGAGACUCGACAUGGAUAGAGGAUCCCAAGGUGAGGGAUAAAUUCAAGUAUGGCAAUGUUGAAAACAUCCCAAUGGAUGAACUUGCUAAGAUAGUGGUGGCAAUGUUGGAUUGCGUUAACAGGGCAGUAAAAGAGAGGUUUGAUUCAAUGGAAGAGGAUGAACCAAACAGAGAAAUGAGCUCAAACACACAGUCCAUUUCCAUUGAUAGGCGAUCAAAUGAUCAAAGCCCAGAGUGGAGAUACUCAGGUUGUCUUUCACCUCAAACACCAACUUCAGUCCUACCUGAGUCCCCAGGCUACUCUCCUCCGCGUCUUUGGGACCUUAGGGUUCAAGCUGUGGAAAAAUUGAGCGCAAUGGAUUGGAAGCGCGUCUCUUUCCACACAGUCCUUCAAAAUAGUAUGCAGAAUCAGAAGAUGAUCAGCCAGGGACCAAGUCUCAUCCCAAUGGAAGAGGGUAAGGAUGAGAUAAAGAUUGAGGAGAAUACAGAGGAAGGGCCAACACCUAUGAUCAUAGAACUAGAAAGUGAUAAAGAGGAAGCUCAACCACAAUCAUCAAAAUAUAUAGUUGAGUCUAAUCCUGAAAACAAGUUAAGACAAUCAAUAACACCACUUCCACAAGCUCAAAUUAAAACACAAGAAGCAAGUUCUCAACCACCAUCACCAACUCUUAUGUCAUCAUUCCCACCAAUUAAGCAACUACAUACACCUCCACCACAACCCCCACCACCACCACAAUUAACUGCAUCCGCUUUGCCAGUUAAUAAUCUAUCAGCACCUCCCCCACCCCCACCACCACCCCCUCCCCCAUCAAUGAAUUUGAGACCCCCAUCAUCGGUUCCAAGUACUCCACUGCCUCCACCACCACCACCUCCACCACCUCCGCCAUUAGUUCCUAAUGCUCCACCCCCGCCUCAACCAUUAGUUCCUAGUGCUCCACCCCCUCCACCUCCACCAACUCCUCCUAGCGCAAUCCCAACACCUCCACCACCACCAUCAAGUACUAGCACAAGACCCCCUCCACCACCUCCACCCCUGGGAGCAGGACCUCCUCCACCACCUCCACCCCCUGGUGGAAGGCCCCCGCCUCCUCCACCACCUCCAGGGGGAGCUGCACCACCUCCUCCACCACCACCAUUUGGCUCAAAAGGUGGUGCACCAGCACCACCACCACCAAUGCCUGGCAAAGGAGGUGGACCACCUCCUCCUCCAGGUGGAAGAUCACUACGUGCAAAAAACACUACAAAACUUAAAAGGUCAUCUCACAUGGGGAGCUUAUACCGCACGCUCAAGGGAAAAGUAGAAGGUUCAUCUUUGACAGGGAAAUCAUCUCAGGGAAAAAAAGCAGGUGGAAGUAAUGCUAGUGCUGGUGGAGGACAAAGCAUGGCUGAUGCACUUGCAGAGAUGACCAAAAGGUCAUCAUACUUCCUGCAAAUUGAAGAAGAUGUACAGAAGUACGGAAAAUCGAUUAAGGAGAUGCAAGGUAUUUUGAGCUCAUUCCAAACAAAGGACAUGAAUGAACUAAUUAAGUUCUACCAACAAGUAGAAUCCAAGCUAGAAGUCCUAACAGAUGAGAGCCAGGUUUUUGCAAGGUUCGAAGGUUUCCCUGUUAAAAAGUUAGAAGCCUUGAGGAUGGCAGCAGCAUUGUUUAAAAAGCUUGAUGGAAUAUUAUCUGAAUUACAAAACUGGAAAACUGAGUCUCCUGUGAUCCAACUUCUUGACAGAGUCGAAAAAUACUUCAACAAGAUCAAAGGAGAAUUGGAAGGUUUGGAACGAACCAAAGAUGAAGAAACAAAGAAAUUUCAAAGCCACAACAUUCACUUUGACUUCCAAAUUCUUGUCAAGAUUAAAGAAGCAAUUGUGGAUGUCUCAUCAAGCUGCAUGGAAUUAGCACUAAAGGAAAGAAGAGAAGCUAAGGCAGCAACAAAUGAUCAAACUUGGUCUAAAUCAGGAGGGCAGAAAAAAGUAUGUGCCAAAAUGCUGUGGAAGGCGUUUCAGUUCGCGUUCAAAGUCUAUUCUUUUGCAGGAGGUCAAGAUGAACGAGCAGAUAGUCUAACAAAACAACUAGCUCAAGAAAUCGAGACUGAUCCAAUGCAAGAUUAAUAACUCCAAUUUUCGCAAACAUAAGAUCGAAUCUUGUCUAUAGUACAUACUACAUUAGAUGUUUAACUCGAAUCGAUGUUUAUUUUAUUCAUUCUGAUGCUCCGGUUUCCAUGAACGGCGAAUUCGUAGAUGUUAAAUUCCACCCAGAGUGUACAUUAUCGGUGAAACUUGAGGGAGAUUUUCUGCAACAUAGCUAAUGUCUGGCUAUGUUAUGCUGUCUUAUGUAACAUACAGUCUGUGCAUAUAUGUUUGUGCAACACCAUUUGUUCAUUGGUUUAUGAGACUUUCACGUAAUAAUAUUCUAAAAAAACAACAUUUUUGGUUUGGCA